AUGACUAGCUCGAAUCUCGUUCCUAAGCCAUGGGUACCACGCGACCAACCCCCAGACAUUACCCUCAUCAACAUCAACGUAAUCGAUGUAGAGGCCGGCCGUGUUAUCCCGAACUGUAGCGUCCAUGUACAAAAUGGGCUUAUUGCACGCAUUAUGCCAGCGUCAUCACUAUCCAGAAGCUCAGAGGCACCGUUCACCACCGGACCGAGGACAAAAACCAAGUUCAUCAACAUGCGAAACCAAUAUCUGUGCCCCGGAUUGAUAGACUGCCAUGUCCAUCUCACAGCCACCCCAGGAAGCACCUCAUUCAGGGACAUUUUCGCCGCAAGUCCCAAUACAAUCGCAUACCGCACGACUCACGUCGCCCGGAGUAUGCUCCUUCGAGGCUUCACCACCGCGCGAGACACAGGCGGCGCCGAUGCGGCACUACGCGAUGCCAUCGCAGAGGGGCUGCUACCUGGCCCACGCCUCUUCAUCGCGGGUAAAGCCCUCUCUCAAACCGGCGGCCACGGGGACUUGCGAGCCCCGUAUCAGAACGACGAGCAUAAAUGCUGUGGUGGACACUCGCCUGCGCUUGCCCGUGUCUGCAAUGGCGUCCCGGCGUGCUUAGAGGCCGUUCGAGAUGAGCUUCGCCAAGGGGCGAACUUCAUCAAGAUAAUGUGCGGAGGGGGAGUCGCGACACCCACCGAUGCGCUCGACAUGCUCCAGUUCACGGCCGAAGAGAUUCGCGCGAUCACUACCACCGCCGCAUACUCCAAGACCUACGUCACCGCUCACGCCUAUACGACGCAGGCAAUCCGCCACGCGGUCGACAAUGGAGUGCGUGGCAUUGAACAUGGCAACUUCAUUGACCCCGAGACUGCCAGAUACUGUAAAGAGAAGGGGGUGGUUGUCACUCCGACACUGAUCACCUAUCAGGGGAUGACAGAGCCCCCGUUUGAUCAUUUUCUGGACGAGUUCAGCCAAGCGAAGAACCGUGACGUUCUGGCUAGUGGCCUUAGGGCUCUGGAAAUUCUACGCGACGCGGGCAUCACGAUGUGCUACGGUUCGGAUCUUCUGGCAGGCCUCCACACGUUACAGAACCGUGAAUUUAGUAUUCGAUCGGCUGUUCUCAGUCCGCUGGAGAUCCUUCAGUCGGCGACUAUCAAUGCUGCUAAAUUGGUGGGUAUGGAAGGGAAGUUGGGUUGUAUAAAGGAGGGGGCGAUUGCGGACUUUCUGAUUCUCAAUGCCAACCCCCUCGAAGACAUCACGGUCUUGGACCAUGUACAGAAGUCCUUAGUGGCGAUUGCCAAAGAUGGGCGGAUUGUUACUAGUAGGGUACCUGAGUUAACAGUGGACCCUCUUUACGAUCCGUUUAGGAUCCCGUCUGCCUAA